AUGUCCAAAGAGACUGUCAUGGCUUCUCUCUCUGAAAUUGAGCUUGGAGCUUCACUAAGAAGCAAACUUUCAAGAACAAGUGAAAGCAGUCUCGCUUCUGUCGCAUCCUUAUCCAUGCCUCUCAUUCAGGAGAUUGUUAUAUCUGCAGACAUCAGUUGUAGUGAUUGCCAAGAGAAAAUCGCCGAUAUAAUGUCGAGGAUGAUCGAAACUUCUUCGAUAUUAGUGAGUGUGUUGGAGAAGAAAGUGACACUAACGUGUACAUAUUCCGGUGACCGGAGAGUCUCUAAAUCAUACGGUGAAACUCUUCUCUGCAAAUUCUCCACCAUCAAACGUUUGAUAUUUUCUUCUUCUUCCAAGAAACAACAACAACUCAAUAGUAUUGCUUAA